ACUGUAGAUCUGAUGUGUCCAUUGUUUCAACACCCACUGGAUCGUCCCCUCAUUUACAGGAGAGUUGUAAGAUGAUGCUCUACAGUGGUGUGUUCUUGAGAGACUAAGUCAUGCACAUGCCUACACUACUGCCAUGCAAUAUUACCAUGAGUGAAAAAUACUUUGCCAUCAGUGUUCUGUCUGGUUACAUGCGGCUAGGUUCCCUGAUCCAGGACGCUCAACCGGUGUAUAUUAUAGUCGGUUUCAUAUUUCACUAGACCCGCCCUACUCGGCUGUGAUUGGCUAGUAGUACUUUUACCUCUGUUCUGCUCAUUGUCCGGGAGAAGUUUGCCAUCCGGGCUUUCUGCUGGCAGGGUUUAUUUUAACCACAACCAGGAUCUUUCCUAAACUUGACCGUGUCGGUUCGUUGCCUCAAUCGGAGGAGAUUUUUGGCAGAAGCAAGCUGCUCCUAUUAAUGUUGUUAAGCAAACCAGCUGGUUAAGUCAUAAAAAAAAAAAAAUCCUUAAAUAAAUUAACAUAUCGGCGUGAGUGAAAAGAACUACAUCUCCCACGUGUAUGUCUUAUUCACUAACAGCUUCAUUAUGACUUAUAAUCAUCCGAACCGACUUUAGCCGAAGAAGGAAGUGCGCAUGGAUGAAUCCUCUCUCUGCGCGGUACUCUUGGAUAUCUGAGUUACUUCAAAGGAGUCACCUCGGCUGUGGUCGUGUCCCGGUGCUCUUCCAUAGAUGUCACAUUUAAUUUUCCCCUCGUGGGCUGGACAUUUUGAACUUUUCUUGACCAAAUGAACAGGGAGGAAUAUGGGCAAAUUCCAGUCCAAACUUGUUUCGAAACGCAGACAGAGUCCUGAAGGUGGUAGUUUGGUUUCCAAUGUGCUGACCUGUCAAAGCGAGCUGGAGCUCAUCCGCAUCCACAAAACAAAGCUGACAGAGAACCUGUACGUAGAAUUGAGGUCAAACAGGUCUGACCAUAACUGCAACCUUAAAGUGGUUCUGCCACCAAAGAAGACACCUGAUGGAGGGAACAGCCUCCACCUCCUGGUCAAUAAACAAGCCAAGAAGAGGAACAGCCAUGCUAAUGCCACCGAUUGUAACAUGGUGCCUGAGGAGGACACUCGGCAGGAGUGGGUCUUCACACUGUACAACUUUGACAACAGAGGCAAGGUCACCAAAGAAGACAUGGCCAGUCUGAUACACGCCAUAUAUGAGGUUCUAGAGGCGUCAGUCAAGCGGCCUCAUGGUGGCCCCACACCCCUGAAAAUAAAGCUAGUUGUAACUCCAGCAGCUGACCCUGAGAACAGCUUAAAUACGGCAACAGAGAAGGCCCAGACUGCAUCUCAGGAGCCAGGAAACCCAGGAAGAAGUGUGUAUUGCGUGGAUGAAAACAUAGAGCGCAGAAACCACUACCUGGAUUUAGCUGGCAUUGAAAACUACACCUCCAAAUUUGACAAUACAGAAUCGCUCUCUCGGGAGCCCAGUCAGGAUGCUCGCUCUGCUCCUAAGCACCCCCCAGUGGUGGGCAGAGAGAACUACAUCUCCCCGCAGCCUCCCAGAGGCCUCUCUAUCCCUCAUUGCCUGAAAAGCAAGGCUGUGUCGGCGGGGAAAGACGGCAAAGGAGGACAGGGAAUGUCUUGCAGGUUACAUGGUCAACACCCUGCUUCAUGGUGCCAUUCCUCCCAGCCUCCGCCUGCAGCACCGAGCGUCCUGCAACGGAGUCACAGCAAGAGGGUUCGCUCCAGGGGACAAAACGCCUCGCACUUUCGAUCCACAGCGGCCGGAGAUAGGGAAAUCUUGGCCAACUUUCAGUCCUCUCGAUCCCAAAGACAUGAGCACCAUCACCACCAUGACCACCACCAUCAUCACCAUCACCACCACCCUUCGUAAAUGUACUUUAAAAACACAUGACACCGGUGAGAAGAGGUGGGGUGUAGACUAUGGACCUGACAUGUGAUGGUUUUGGAGGUUAAAUGCAACCCAGCAGGUCUUUGAAUCUUCCAUGUACAUUAUAUUCAGUGUGUAGUGGAAUCAGGCUGAAGCGCUGAUCUCUAAUACGAACAAACAGAAAAGAUGACCUUCACUAAAUCCAGUCAAGGUCAGUUAAAUUGAAUUCUACCUCUAUAGCCAUUUAGAUCGACAGGUUCCUCUCCGGUAGAUUUACACUUGGCUUUAAAAUUAUUUAAAUGCACGUUUUGGAGCAAUACAUUUGGUUUGAAUAUACUAAUAUCCUAAACUAAUAUACAGUAUGUUUUUUAAUUCACAUUAUUGCUUCCUGCCCCAAUAUGUGUUUAAACAAACAUUAAAUCAUUUCUCAGUUGACUGUUCACAUUCAUACAACGUCCAUGCUUUCUUUUCCAUGCUUUAUUCUAUGCAUUGUAGUGACAACUUUUACUCAAUUGCAAGACAACCACUCUUUGCAAUAUUUUUCCACAAUACAGACGUAUGUUUGGAGAUUUGUGCAGCAAAGAAGGAUAUAGCAACACAUGUGUCUAAAACAAUGUUUUGUCAUAAACAAAUAAACAUCUAUUGCGAUUA